UGGAGCGCCUCAGCCAGACAGGACUCACCCUUCCACUAUUAAAGACUUUUAACAUAUUCUGUCACUACACAAGAGCAGAAGACACAUCACACUAUCAUUGACUCGCUGAUAGCCAGAUGCAAUCACGCCAGCUCUGAGGAGGCUGGGUCGAAACUGGAGAGUGUACCAGAGAAUGGAAUGGAAUCUCAGAAGAAUGGAAAGUGAACUGAGACACAUCAACCCAGAUCUGCUGCAGCCCAGCAAGAGCUUCAAGAAGCCCACAUCAGGCACUAUCACAAUCAACGUCGGUGGCUUCCUGUACACCGCUCACCGGACCACCCUCGCAAAGCACCAGGGUACCUUUCUGGAAGAGUUAGCAAAUGGUAAGAAACCUGUUCAGCACAUGGAUUCGAUGGGAAACCCGUUCAUUGACAGAGACGGUCCAGUUUUCCGGCAUGUUCUCAACUACCUUCGAACUGGAGAGCUCCAGCUACCUGAUGACUUCAGAGAGGCUGGGCUUCUCCGAAGAGAGGCCGAUUUUUACCGUCUGGUUGAACUUGUAGAAGCCGUGGCAGAGUGGGAAAGUCACAGGGCGGCCCAGCGGGAGCCAGCGUUUUUAGAGGUGACGGAUAGCCACGAGAGGUCACAAGGCCUCAAGGUGUAUUGCAGUGAUCCCACCUUCAUCGAGAAGGUCAAAAGUCGACUGGUGCAGAUCUCUAAGAGUCGUCUGGAUGGGUUUCCAGAAGAAUUUGAGGUGUCGUCCAACGUGAUCCAGUUCAGACAUUUUAUCAAGUCGGAGCCAGGCUCACGGCUCGUGCUCAAGGAGGACAGCACAUUCUUGUGCACGCUUGACUGCCUGAAAUUAGAGACAGUGAUGCUAGCCUUGAGAUCCGGCUUCAGGCUGGUCACCAGCCUCGACAGCAGCAAAGGCUCCGUUGUGGCAGCUGAAGCCCUGCAUUUUGUCAAAUAGGCUGCGGGCAGACGGAAGGAAGAGGUGUGACGCCGAGAAGAAAAAAAAAGAAGCAGUGCCUGAUUCCUUACCCACUCCUAUAACAUAUGAUUUUGGCUUGAAGGUCUUGUAAAAUGUGUUGAGCUGUGAUUCGUCAUUGGUGGAGAAAAAAAAAAAAGGAAAACAGUGUGCUUUCAUGUAGUGCUUAUAUAUUUAAAACUCAUUGCACAGACUUUGAGCUCACAUCAAAGCAUUUCAUCUGCCCGGAAUAAUUAGAGUGGUGGAAUUCUAUUUUGGUAUCACUCAUUGCACUGCCAGUCUUGUUGCAUUUAAUUGACCUAGGCCAAUUUGACUAUAUUUAAAGAGCAUUAGAUUAGACCAUAAAAGUACAGAGAUGGUACUGUGACCGGUUUAACAUAAAAGUGAACAAAAAGUGAGGGUCUCAACAAAAGAUGGCUUCACCAGUGGUUUCACUGCACAAUUACUGCUUUUGCAAUAGCUGCAGCCCUAAAAACUAACCAUGACAUGCACCAUUGUGCCAUUCAAUUUUUACUACAGUGUGUGUGUGUGUGUGUGUGUGUUAUAAUACAACACGUGUACUUUAAUAGCUGAUUAUGCCCAAAUCGGUUGACACCCUAAUCAGAACCAGCAUCUGUGUCUCCUUUCAUACCAUUAACAUGAAUUUAGCGCAAACAACUGUGUCUGUUGUAAGGGCUUUGAAUUGAGCAUGAUACAUAUGUGUACUAAAUAAAUUUUGUGUUGGUGCUGUGAGCCUCUGUUUAGUCAGUACAUAAAUCAUGACUGUGUGAAUAUUUUAUGAAUAAAAUUCGGAAAUCUUUGGU